AUGCCCACCAACACCCAUACCAUUAGGUACAGCACAGGCAAGAAGAGUUUGUUCAAUGUACACCUCAUGUCUGUCAAGUUUGAGGACCUGUACGGGUUCAUGGUGGAGGGCAAUGUGGAUGAUGUCAAUGUGCUGAACGAGGUGAGGGAGAGGAUCAGGGAGCAAGGCAGGGUGUGGUGGGCGCUGGAGGCAAGCAAGGGUGCAAAUUGGUACCUCCAACCAAAGAUUUCUUCAAAUGAGGUGGUGAUCAGUGUCACAUCACUCAAGUUGUCAGUGCUCACUAAUACAAUUACAUUGAGGAGGUUGAUCAGGAAAGGUGUGCCUCCGGUGCUGAGGCCAAAGGUUUGGUUAUCUGUGUCAGGAGCAGCCAAGAAACGGUCAACAGUACCAGAAACAUACUAUGAUGAGCUAAUUCGUGCUACUGAGGGGAAGACCACGCCAGCCACAAGGCAAAUUGAUCAUGAUCUUCCUCGCACUUUCCCUUGUCAUCCUUGGUUGAACAGUGACAAGGGUCAGGCAUCUCUGCGACGAGUACUUGUGGGGUACUCAUUCCGUGAUUCAGAAGUUGGAUACUGCCAGGGUCUAAACUAUGUAGCUGCACUCUUGUUGCUUGUGAUGAAGACAGAGGAGGAUGCAUUUUGGAUGCUUGCUGUACUCCUUGAGAAUGUACUUGUCAGUGAUUGCUAUACUGACACUCUUUCUGGAUGCCAUGUCGAGCAGAGGGUGUUCAAAGAUCUCCUGGCUAAGAAGUGUCCAAGGAUUGCUGCUCAUCUUGAAGCAAUGGGGUUUGAUGUUUCACUUGUUGCUACAGAAUGGUUUUUGUGCCUCUUCUCAAAGAGCCUGCCUUCAGAGACAACACUUCGGGUAUGGGAUGUUUUAUUCAAUGAAGGAGCCAAGGUUUUGUUCCAUGUUGCUCUCGCAAUUUUCAAGAUGCAAGAAGAUGAUCUACUACACAUCCAACAUAUCGGUGAUGUGAUUGAUAUUUUGCAAACAACCACACAUCAUCUAUAUGACCCUGAUGAACUCCUGACAUUCGCGUUUGACAAGAUUGGUUCAAUGACAACAAACACAAUCACAAAGGAAAGGAAAAAGCAGGAGACUGUUGUCAUGGCUGAGCUUGAUCAAAGAACAAGACGGCUGAGUUCACUCAAGGUGGAUGGAUAG